AUGGAAUUAUGCUGUAUCGUUCCACCAACAGUGAAAGAGUGUAUUCCACAACCGGACCAUCUUUCCUCAUGUGAAGAUCUGGUGAAGAACGACAUACUCAGGGUGUCUCUGUGGACAAUUGGUAUAUGUAUACUACUUGGGAACAGUGCAGUCAUAGCAAUUCGGUCCCGGGAAGACGGAACGAGGCAAAGUAUUAAUAAACUAUUGGUGGUGAAUCUCUCAUUAUCGGAUAUGAUAAUGGGAGUAUACAUUAUCAUAAUAGCUGUGAUGGAUAUGAAAUACAGAGAGACCUACUUUCAAAACCGGGAAGUCUGGACCCAAAGUGGCUUAUGCAUGGCUUCAGGAUUUAUUGCAUCAUUGUCAAGUGAAAUGUCUGUGUACAUCCUCGUUGUCAUGACGCUUGACCGAUUCCUCAAAAUAGUGUUUCCCUUUAAAAUGUGGUUACACUUUUCCAAGCGUGUUGUACUUUGUGUUCUCGUCUUUGGCUGGAUUCUCUGUACUACCCUAACAGCUUUACCACUUCUUCCUCUCAAUUACUUCAGCCCUCAUGAGUUCUACACGCAAUCCGGCUUUUGCUUACCGCUAAUGUUGAAUUAUGAUUCGGCAAAAGAAGCCAUGUUUAACAAAGCCAUGUUAAACCAACAUGAAAGUACCGAAUUGGAGGAAAGCAUUGCAUUAGAUAGACAAAACAUGCAGCAACAAUAUUCCCAUUUCAAUGGUUGGGAGUAUUCUUUUGCUCUUUUUAAUGUUGUCAACCUUAUCGCCUUUGUUCUUAUAGCUACUGGCUACUUGGCUAUAUUCUUUGCUACAAGGAUCUCCAGAUUAAAAUCCAAACAAUGCUCUGGACAGGAGAAAGAAAGGAAGAUGGCGGCGAAAUUGAUGUGGAUCGUAGCAACCGACUUCUGCUGCUGGGUUCCUGUAAUAAUCAUGGGAUUUCUAACCUAUUACAAGGUGCAGCUGCCAGGAGAAAUUGUUGCGUAUGUAAGUAUAUUUGUGUUGCCAAUCAACAGCGCUAUCAACCCAAUACUCUACACAUUUAGCACACUUCCUUGGAACGAGCUGUUUGGGAAGUGCAAGUGUAAGUCAACACCUGGGCCACCACAGGAGCCAACUCCAAGGAACACAAAUGAUGCAGUGGUAGUAGCUACUAUAAGCACAAAACUGUAAAUGUUCAGAUCCAAGUAACAGAGCUAUCAAUGGAAACAAGGUGAUGAAUUGUGAAUACAAACAUGUAAAAUUUGUAAAUAUCUAAGUAAAUGAACCAGCAGUCUUAAUGAUAACGAGGGUAUGAUAAC